CUGAGAAAGUACAAGCUGCCAGGUGCCCCUGGAAAGGGCCCCCGAGUUGGACAAGAAAUGGCAGAUGCCAGGAUCCUGAGCAGGACUAAGGAGCAGCCUCAUGACGAAGGGCCUGAAAACCUGCAGCCCCCCAGCAUCUCUCAGCGGGAUUCAGGAGAGAGCAUUAACCACAGACCUGAGCAGAAAGGAGCCUGCAAGAGGCAGAAGAGGAGCCCAGCGGGGAAUGAGCCAGAUCCCCUAGGGGAACGUGAGAGUGGAUUCAGGAGACUAAUCCAACCUCCUGCACUGGGGAGAUCUCGGGCCACAGGGGACCUUCACCAUCAGAACAGCAUUCACAGGACAGAGAAGCCCCAUAAAUGUCGAGAUUGUGGGGAAAGGUUCUGGGAGAAGCAGGCGCUCACGGCCCACGGGAGAGUUCAUGAGAAGGACAGACCAUAUCCCUGUCCUGAAUGUGGGAAGAGUUUCAACAGACUGACCCAUCUCAAAACCCACCAGAGAACCCACACGGGAGAGAAACCCUAUUUCUGUGCCGAAUGUGGGAAGAACUUCGGCCACCUCUCCACGCUCAUUACACACCAGAGGCUGCACACAGGGGAGAGACCCUACUCCUGUGACGAGUGCGGGAAAACUUUCACCAACCCCUCGGACCUCAACAAGCACCAGCGCUCCCACACGGGCGAGCGGCCCUACCCCUGUGCCGAGUGCGGGAAGCGCUUCAGCCAGCUCUCCAACCUGACGAUGCACCAGAGGACUCACACACAGGAGAAGCCCUACCCCUGCGCCGAGUGCGGGAAGAGCUUCAAGUACCUGGCUUACCUCGCCAUUCACGAGCGCUCCCACACCGGGGAACGGCCCUUCCCCUGCGCCGAGUGCGGGAAGAGCUUCAGUAACAAAUCCUCUUUGGCCCGUCACCUGAGAAUCCAUGCCAGAGCCGCAGCCAUGGACAAGUGAGACCCUCCCAACAGAGGGCUCCGCUCCGGUCGUGUGUAUAUAAUAGCGUGAAGCAGGGCCUGAGAGAAGCUAGCCCCAUGCCCACUAACAGAACCAUCCCCCUCACGGACACCAGGGGGCGUGAAUUGGGGCUUCACCGUAGUCCUCUGAGGUGUCCCGAUUCCGUAACCGCCCCAGCAGUGACUUGCUCCUUCCUGCUUGAACUAGUGAGGAGAGGGCCACUCUAGGGGCUUGUCUUCGCUGCAAAUUAACUUCUUGUAACUCAAGUGUUCUCCCUCACUCGAGUCCCGUCCACAUACAGUACCUUUAAGUGGGUGCAGUGGUGCUGUGACCCCAAGUUGGCCAGCCCAAGGAGGGGGCAUAGGCUAAAACUGGAGCACAACUCAUCAGCUGCUAACACAGCCCCUCUGUAGUGUGGCUCCAGGCUUGUCACUUGCAUAUCGCUAGUUCUCCAGGGCCUUCCCACGAGUCCCCUAGCGUGCCCAGAAAGGACAGACAAGUUCUCCCACUACUCACUGGGAAACGCGUGUGCCCAGAAGCCAUAGUGCUGUACUCGAGGGAGCGCAGAGCCUGUGUGGGCACAGCAGCGUGGCUGUUCUCAGCCGAGCUCGGCUCACUCGAGAGGAGUCACUGGAGCGCAGAUAACUCAAGUUAACUCUGUAGUGAAGGCAGACCCGGCGAGGCUGGCAGGCCUCAGUCCCAGCGGUACCAGGAACAGCACCUCCAGGGGAAGGCAUUGGGCCAGCGCUACCUCCUGCCCCACUGCCAACCAGUUCUGCCUCGACGGCCCUGCACAGCCACCUUCUUCCAUGCUCUGCCCUACUCGGAGGCACCCAGCCUCACCAGCGCUUCAGAGCCCUCUAUCAUCUCUUCCCAGCAGCCGCGUGUAACCGGGGCCCAAGACUGCUGCAUUGCCUCCCGCUCACCCGACUGGCUCUUCCAGCUGACUCCUAUCUCAGCCUAAGCAUUUACGUUCUCCAUGUACUCUUCUGUAUUUAGUCAUCGCCCCCCAGUUUUCUGCUCCUGUCCUGUUAACUCUCUUUAGUGUGUUGCGUUGUCCAGACCAUAUGGUUGCUCCUUGGCUCAGCUGCCCAUCAGCACAACCGCUGAUUCAGUUUUGUUGGUGUGAGAUUUUGAUCAGACGACCCCAAUCCUGCACUGAGCUCCACAUGGGCAGAUUCCUCUGGAGGGCUGCCUGGCUACUGGGGUCCCCAUGCGUAGCUCAAUGCAAGAUUGGGGCCUUAGUUUUAAAUCUUCUGAUCUUCCCUACCGCAUUGGUUGCCCUUCUGAAUUGCUGGUAUUUUUUAUUUAUUUCCUGCUGAUUUGAUUGUAAUGUACUGAAGAGCACUCCUUGUCAAUCAAUGACGGCUCUGCACACUU